CUCCAUGGCUGCUGCUUACCCGGCUGCAUUGUGGGAAGCUGACCUCACUCACUGCCGCCGCCGCCCCGCCGGCUCCAGCAGCCGCAGCCGCCUUCGCCGUCAUGGGGGCCGUGACCGAUGAUGAAGUUAUUCGUAAACGACUUUUAAUUGAUGGAGAUGGUGCUGGUGACGACAGACGAAUUAAUUUGUUAGUGAAGAGCUUCAUUAAAUGGUGCAACUCUGGAUCUCAGGAAGAGGGAUACAGCCAGUACCAACGCAUGUUGAGCACUUUAUCACAAUGUGAAUUUUCAAUGGGAAAAACUCUACUUGUCUAUGAUAUGAACCUCAGAGAAAUGGAGAACUAUGAAAAAAUCUACAAAGACAUAGAAAAUAGCAUAGCUGCAGCACAUGAGAAAAUUGCUGAAUGCAAAAAGCAGAUCCUGCAAGCAAAAAGAAUACGAAAAAAUCGCCAAGAAUAUGAUGCAUUGGCUAAAGUAAUACAGCACCAUCCAGACAGACAUGAAACAUUAAAGCAGCUAGAAGCUUUGGGAAAAGAACUUCAACAUCUUUCCCACAUUAAAGAAAAUGUUGAAGAUAAGCUGGAGUUGAGACGAAAGCAGUUCCAUGUGCUUCUGAGUACCAUCCAUGAACUUCAGCAAACUUUGGAAAAUGAUGAAAAACUUUCAGAAGCAGAGGAAUCCCAAGAAACUCACAUGGAAGCAGAGACUAAACAGUAGACAGACUUUGGACUUACCAAAGAAUUUCCAUAGCUCUUGAACUUUUUUUAAGAAAUGAAAUCUUGCUGCCACUUCUGUGAGUUUGUAUGAAUACUAGUUUUUUUAAUACAAAAAUACUUGUUUUGUUAGUGCUACAGUAAAACAGUUACUGAUCAGUAAAAAGCUUUCAUAGACAAAGCGUGGACAGAUGCUGUAUUUGGUUUAAUACAAAAAGCUUUAUAUUUUGUGAACUAGGAAAAUAUUUUAGGUUUUUAAGUUGCAGAGUGAAAUGUUUCUAUACGGUAAUCAGCUGUGAUGAUAAGAGUGUUGGCAAUAAAACAUGUUUACAAAUAA